AAUGGCGAUAAAAUAACUUUUAAAAGCUAAAUUAAGAGAUAUAAAUGCGUAUAUAAAAAGUGUAAUUAUCGAAUGUAAACAACUUUACUUCGAUAACGCGUAUCAUACAUCUAAUUUACAAUUCGUGAAAACGAUACCCCAUAGGGGACCCAAAAUACUGGAAGAAGAAAAAGAAAGAUGAGACUAAAGGAUCAGGGUAUCGACACACACGUAUAUAUACGUAUAACACAUCCUCGACAAAAGUUUCUCGAAUCGAAGCACAAUGUUCAUUUCACGGCUUGAGGAUUGGAGGGAGGAGGUCGCGCGUCGAGUAUCUUUGCAUUAACAUUUACCAUCCCUUCUUUUUCUGUAAACCGCAGUUCUCGCAUCAUCCUAGCGAUUUCCAGGCAUCCCCCCGUUCCAGGAACUGGAAGAAACGUCGGCAUACCAUUUCAACGACAAAUGGCAUCGCAGCCCUAACAGCCACCAACGACGUCGGUCUAAUCUCGAAGCAGCGGUUGGUCGUCGAGAUCCUGGCUCUUUUCCCUCGUCGAAUGGGCGUGCUGGAAACGCCCAUCCACCCUUGCUACAUAGAUCUGCACCCCUGUGCCAUCUCAGGGGUGGAGUCGACCAAUGACACGGUGGUAACGUUCGUCUGACAACGUGGCCUUUGGAGCCGCCCCCGCAUUUCCCGUGGCUAACUAGCACUACCCCACUAUAGUCGCGUCAGCCACUCGGCCAGCAAGUCCCCGGGCCGUCUAGUCGCCCGUUGGAAUUCCCCACCUAUCCUCCUGUCACCUUCCUCUGACCCCUCUUCAUCGAUGCUACCACCCUCCAAUUUCAGGCCAACGUACCAGCCACAUUGAAGAAGUGGUGUACAUCGUGCAAUAGCCUGACUAAAGCCGCAUCCAGCGAUGGUUAUAACCUUAUCCCCCUUUCCGCGUGCGAUGAUCGAACAAUUUCAUUUAUAUGUAUAAAAAAUUACGUUCAUUACUUACGUGAUUUAAUCAAACUAUAAAAUUCAAUAUCACGUUGCAAUGAUCCUCUGUUAGGGGAAAGCUGCGCACUUACAAAUUCAACAAUUGUAAGACUCGUAUAACAAUCCUCCGAAUUUUAAAAAAUAUAUCUUUUAUCCUGCACCGCUUUGAGGGCUGAUGCAGCCACGAAAUAAUUAAGAAAUCUGGAAAGUUAUUAUUCCAUUCACAGAGUCUUUUGUUACAUAUAGAUGCUACAGAAGAAAUAAGACAAAUAUCAUUGCAAUUAAUAGUAAAUAUUAAGUCAGAUCUUUUACGAGAUAAAUUAUUUCCCAUUAAAUCGGAAAAAUACCACUUCUCCUGACUGACGAGCUUUCGUUCCUUAUUAAUGUACAAAAGCAAGAGUAUACGUAUGAAGGAAGAAAAGUGAAAUAAAACAAUCAUCACCAAAUAAAAGCAAAUAGUAAUAAAUUCGUCCAUCAACUGCAAAAUCCCAUCAAACAAACACCUACAUCGCGAGACGAUCGAAUCUUUCGCUAUCCCCGUGUCGACGUCAUAGCUACGCCGACUCGCGGCCGUUUAGGAACUUCUGUACGUGUGUUAGGGAUCGCCCACACCCUGGCCAACCAUCCUCUCCUAGAAGUACGUCGAGCGUGUCGAAGAACGACCCGUGAUUCCAGCUAGUAUGGCUACGGUCAGGGGAGAUAGGCAACUCCGACAGCCAAUCGGGCAGCAGCCCCUAUAUACGUGCGUAUAACGAACGUACAGACGCACCGUGCACACACAUCGAUACGAGCAGCUCGUACACACGAACGCGAACCGCGGUACCCGCCCUUCCCAACGAGAUGAGUAGCUACGCCGAGGCUCGAAGCCACCUCGUCACGGAGAACGCUUCGAGACUUCGCGCGACUCCCUCGGCGUCGUGUCGGAACGACCACCGGUCCAGUCGUCCGUCUGGGGAUGCUCGACUUUGAUCAGUCGCGAAGGAUGGGCACAGGGGACAGAUUACUUGAUAUACCGUGUCUGGUAUGCGGUGACCGUAGCUCUGGAAAACACUACGGCAUCUACAGUUGCGACGGUUGUUCAGGAUUUUUCAAGAGGAGCAUUCACAGCAAUCGAAGGUACAUCUGCAAGGUUCAGGGUGCCAUGAAAGGGCGCUGCCCCAUCGAUAAAACCCACAGGAACCAAUGUCGUGCCUGCAGACUCGCCAAGUGUUUCGAAGCUAACAUGAACAGAGACGCUGUACAACACGAACGAGGUCCGAGGAAGCCAAAACAACCUCAACAACAAUCACCGAUCGCACCUCCUUUACACAAUGAUCGAUUAAGGACUGGUCUUGGUUCCCCUUAUGUUCUUUUACACCAAAGAAAGUUCAGGUGCGACCAGAGGUUCUCGCCUUAUCCACGGCCAGUGGCACUGGUGCAGAAACCACCGGAGGACUCUUCGUCCCCGGCACCAUUGGCUCUACCGCAUUCUCCUUCGACCACGACCCUCUACUCAGCACCCCCGAGCGUCGCUCUGACACCGCAGCCACCCCUUCUUCAGAUACUAAUGUCCGCGGAACAGUGUCAGGAACUCGUAUGGAAUGCACCAUUGCAAUCGGAAACAGAAUAUUCUUUGGAACAAACAGAAGCUAGUCAUAAUUCCACUGGGACAUUAAUAAAUCCCAAUCCUACGCGAGAACUAUUACAGGAAACAACUGCACGUUUACUAUUUAUGGCAGUAAGAUGGGUUUGUUGCUUACCACUAUUCCAAUCCCUUUCGAAGAACGAUCAAUUAUUGUUACUCGAAGGCUCGUGGACACAACUUUUUCUCCUUCAUCUAGCACAGUGGUCAAUAUCGUGGAAUAUUACUGGCUUACUAGAGGAUGAACAAGUACGAGCAAGAUUGCCAGACGAAGCUACAACGAAUCAACAAUUAAUUACUAUUCAGGACACGAUAUGCCGUUUUAGACAACUCUCACCAGAUAUGAGCGAAUGGGGAUGUAUGAAAGCGGUAGCACUGUUUACUCCAGAAACGGAGGGUCUCCACGCCAGCGAGUCGAUCAAAAUGUUACAAGAUCAGGCUCAAUGCAUUCUAGGGGAUUACACGAAAUCUCGUUAUCAACGACAACCAGGUAGAAGCGGGACAUUAAUGCACGUUGUCGGACGUUUGACGUCCAUCUUCCCAAAAUUGGUCGAACGUUUGUUUUUUCACGAAACCAUAGGCGAAAUUCCGAUUUCCCGUUUGUUGGUUGAUAUGUAUCAAAUGAAAGGACACACAAACUGAGAUUUCCCGAUAAAUGAUGAUAUAAUCGUGUGAAAAAUCCCUGUGGCUUUCCAAAACUCUGUCGAUUCUUUAAGCCAGCUACCGUAGAGAUCGGGACAAGUUUUUGAAACCUGUAGCUAAAGACUGCAAAAUUAUACGAAAGAUCACUGGUUUUGAUGAAAUGGUUAUGAUCUAUGAACAUAUUUGAUUAAACAAUACCAAGGAACUAUUCAGUUAGCUUUACGUAUUACGAUUUUAUAUAAUUUUGCGUUACAGUGCAAUACAUUGAAUAUAUUACUUAUAAUAUAUUGAGUAUAUUAAAUUUUGUUCGAUAAUGAAUUUCGUUUUUAUGAUCAAUAGGAUUUGUUGCUUCUAGAUAAAAAGACACGAGAGUCAUAAACUGUAAAAAUCAUUUGAUGAAGUAGAAUUUUGUGUAAGUACUACUUGUAAAACAUUUGUAAAGAACGAUUUCAUUGUGUUUUAUGUUCUUAUAAUAUCUUUGCGAUAAUACUACCGGGUACUACAAAGACACAUUCCUCGUAAUGCUAUACUUCGUUCAAUUUAAUAUAUGCACGGCGAAAAAAAUGUAUAUUUAUUUUAAAUAUUAUCUUUCUUUUCAGUUUCUAUUAAUUUGACAAAACAUUUCAUAUUUCUAAUUACAAUCGCUUGACUCAGUCAGAAGAAAAUUUAAUCAAAUACAUAAAAAAUUGUUUAACAUCAAAAUAAAUUUAAUAAUGUUUGCAGGUAGUAUAGAACAAGAACUAACAAUACGUAAUUAUGGGAACAUGAAACACUUUCAUAUGAAAUAAACCAUAUUAAAUUUAAUGUUACACCAACAAUUUCGUAAUUCGUUAUAAAAAAAAUACGCUAAGAAAAAUCUUAUUCGUGGAUGUAAAAAUUAUAUAAGAAUGAUAAGCUUCCAUAAGAAAUAGAUAUCCUAUUCAUUUGUAAAUAAUUGAAUAACCGAGAGUUAACAAUGUAACAUUAAUUAUUUACUAUUUACCUAUAGUCAAUUAUACAUACAUAUAUUUUGCUUUCAAUUUUUGUAAUAUAUAUUUAUAUUAUUUAUAUGAUAUAUUUUUUAAACAUACAUAUAUAUGUCGGAGUCAGGUUGUCAUUUUGGGGCGUUCGAUGAACCUUUACUUACUUUACUUACCCGUCGUCAUAAAGCCCGGUUGGAACAUUAAAAGUUAUUUUCUUAUUUUUAUUACUAAAACAUACAAAUCUUGAUUAUGGUAUUGGGGUUUUUCCCAGCAUUCCCGACGGCAAUCCCGCUGUCCUUCCAUCUCCGACAU